CAGCGCUGGAACCGGUGAUGACCCGAUAAGCAAGGCUUUUCUUGAUACUGGCGGCCGGGAUGCUUGGUUUGUGUAUCUACUCGCCGACAAACGCGCGAAAAACGCAAGACACCAUGAUGGCAAAGCUAAAUGCCAGAAAAUAAUUCGCGACAUUGAAUCCCGGACUCAAGAUGGCCUUAAAGAGAUAGCUAAGGAAUUAGGUGGAUGCAUACUUGCUGAAUGAAAGCUUCCUCUUCCUAAAAGGGCCGGAUCACCUUCCAGUGACCCGUCACAUCAUGCAGCGAAGCGACGCCGAAUUGCAACCAAUAACGUCCUUGAAACGCCACCCCGGAGUAUUUCGGUAGAAACGUUAGGCGAAGCCGAAGCAUUAAAUGAGGCACAACGAACUAAUCCACGCAUACAAAACUUUGUCAUUUCGCCUUUGGAUGCCAUGGACGGCGUUCUGCCCGAUGAGCUUGCAGAGGCAGUCGUGAGAACUACCCACCCACAUGAUCACACCAUCAAAACAUGUGAUAUGUCGAUUUCGGUGUUUUGGAACGUCGAAACCCGGAUGAAUUGUCUUCUCUCCAUUAAAAUUUCGCCCUUGAAAGCGUCGAAUCUCAUCCAACAACUAUUCGGCGUCCGCCUAGAAAGCGUAGAUGGCCUUCGGUACAUAUCCUUUCCAGGGGAGAUUGAAAUAAUACCCUGUCCGAAUGUUACCCUCGCAGCGUGUGACGUCCAAAUUGCUGAACGCAUCUUCGGCCCCGAAGUGACCAGAGCACUUUCUACGACUACGAUGUAUGUGCAAGAACGAGAACAGCGCCGCAAAAAAACAAAGAGCGUAACUGCACAUAUAUCAUCGAAUUCAGAUGAAAGUGUCGAUAUAAAUCUGAAUCUGGGGUUAUAUUAUGGAACCAGAAUUUGUACGAAAUUAUUCCCAAGCCAAUUAUAACUCAUGCAUCUUCCUUCAUCUUCCCACCGCCAAACCAAAGGCUAAUCCCCUUUGGUACUAUUCCUUCGCCAUCGAAAGGAUCUUUGCAUGUCUGUAUGGGGACCUCUUCCUUGCCAGUUUUGUAUACUAGAACAAUUGAAUUUUGCCAGUACACCCUCUGCCCAGAUCCCUCGACGGUGGUUGGGCGACUUUCGACACCAGUAAAAAAAUCGGCAUCCUUAGUCAGAGUCUCUGCUUUGAAUGACUAAAAUCUGGGUUAAACAAGUCUUGAUAUCUAAUAUUAGCAACGUACCAUAUGCAGCAGUUCUCUCUGCAAGGUUAAAUAUCAUGGGGGUGUUGUGACUAUGUAGCGGUGUUCCAAUAAUUAGAAAACUUGCCGGAAUGAUGUGGUGGGCGGCUUUUCUAGAGCGGGAAUAAAGCUGAAAGGGAUUCAAGCUACCAAAGAGGCAUUCAUAGACAUUGAGAAAUUCACUGCUUGAUGAAAUACAUUCAUAACCCGCAACAAUUCCGAUGUACGCGUACCAAAUAAUGAAGGCAAACAAGGUAAAUAAGGCACAAGGCCGUACCCCGCCUGGUCCCAAAUUAAAAAUUACUAGGUAAUACUAAAGAG